AUUUCUUAAGCACUUCACUCCAUUUUGUUCUUCUCUCUUUCUCUCUCUCUCACACACACACACCAUAUUUGCGAUAGACUCUGAAAUUUCUCAAAUUUCUGAAUCUUAAACCGAAGAAGAAAAGACACAGAGAGAUUCGUCUGAUUAUGGCUCUCGAAGCGAUGAAUUCUCCGUCGUUCACAAUCCGCAAACACAAAAUCGACUCCACAGAGGAUUUGAUGAACGACGCCGUUUUCAUGGAGCCUUGGCUGAAACGCAAACGCUCGAAACGCCAGCGUUCUCAUAGCCCUACUUCGUCGUCUUCCUCGCCGCCUCGAUCUCGCCCAAAAUCUCAGAACCACCAGGAUCUUACGGAGGAAGAGUAUCUCGCUCUCUGUCUCCUCAUGCUCGCCAAUGACCAGCCCUCUGAUCACCAGCCGCAAACGCGAUUUCAGCCGUCACCGCCGCCACAAGAAUCGACAAGGCUUUCGUACAAGUGUAGCGUUUGCGGGAAAGCGUUUCCUUCGUAUCAAGCUUUAGGCGGCCACAAAGCCAGUCACCGAAUCAAACCUCCAACCGCAACCACCACCGAUGAUUCAACAGCUCCGAGCAUCUCCGUCGCCGGAGACAAACCUACCAAUUCCAACGCCGUCGCUCCCUCCGGGAAGAUCCACGAGUGCUCUAUCUGCCAUAAAGUUUUUCCGACGGGUCAAGCUCUCGGCGGUCACAAACGUUGUCACUACGAAGGCAACCUCGGCGGCGGAGGCGGAGGAAGCAAAUCAGUUAGUCACAGUGGAAGCGUGUCAAGUACGGUUUCGGAAGAACGGAGCCACCGUGGAUUCAUCGAUCUAAACCUCCCGGCUUUACCGGAGCUUAGCCUUCAUCAUAACCCGAUCGUCGACGAAGAGAUUCUCAGUCCGUUGACCGGUAAAAAACCGCUUUUGUUGACCGAUCACGACCAAGUCAUCAAGAAAGAAGAUUUCUCUCUAGGAAUCUAAUAAUUCGUCUAUUAUACAUAUAAUUCUUCUGUAAUUUUCCGUUAAAAAACUGUAGUUUCAUUUUUCUAUCUUUUUUUUCUUCUUAUAAUUCUCGAUUGGAUUAUUCAUAUAUGUUAGGGAUUGAUACAAAUUUGAUUGAUGGAUUAAUUUGAUUAAGUCAGGAUUUCGUUUAUUGUUUAGCUGCUAAACUCUUGAGUGAGUCCACUCUGUAUAACAUAGGACACGUGGCAUUCCGUGUGUGAACACAGAGCGGAAAUAGUUGGGGAACGAGAAUCCUUCCAUGUGGAUUCGUUGCCUUCAUUAGCAUUUAGCACAUGUAUUAUUAGU